AUGGACUCUUUGGACAUAGCAAAUGCAGAUCUAUUGACCAGAGCUCACACUUGCCUCAACAAUCCUAUCUAUUCAAUUCAUCUCACACCUUGGAAGCUAUACUUUGAUGGAUCAAAAACUUAUAUAGCUUCUGGGGCAGGAAUUGUUUUGGAAGAACUGCUUGGAAUCAGACACUGUUACUCUUUCCAAUUGGAUUUUCAGUGCACCAACAACAGGGUAGAAUAUGAGGCUCUAAUCAUUGGCUUAGAAAUGCUGGUGGAACUAGGAAUCCAAUCUGUGGAAAUCCUGGGAGAUUCAAUGCUUGUAUUAAAACAGAUUGCUGGGGAAUACAAGUGCCUUAGUCCUUCUCUAGCUGUGUAUCUAGUGGCAGCUAGGAAUCUUCUAACAGAAUUUAGAGAAGCUAUUUGGGAACACAUCCCAAGGGAGGAAAACUGUGCAGCCAAUGAACUGGCCCAAGUAGCAACAGGUAUACAAAUGCCUGAAGACUGUGUACAGAGGAUCAUCAAGGUGGGAAAGAAAAGCCUGCCAUCAGUUCUGACCAGGGGGAUGGAGAUAGAUGUCAAUUCUGCCAUAAUCAUUGAAGAUGAUUGGAGAAAUCCUAUCAUAACCUACUUGCAGUAUCCAACCUUACCUUAUGAAAAAAGAGUCAGAAUCAUGGCUCUGAACUACCUUAUAUGGAAUGGAGACUUGGUCCGGAAAAGCAAGGAUGAGGUACUAUUGAGAUGCCUUGGGAAGAAAGAAUACACGAAAGUCAUGGGAGAAACCCAUGAAGGAAUCUAUGGAGCUCAUCAAGGUGGGAGGAAAAUGUGCUGGUUAAUUAGAAGGUAUGGCUACUUUUGGCCAACCAUGAUGAAAGAUUGCAUUGACUAUUCCAAGGGGUGUGAAUCUUGUCAAAGACACGACCCAAUCCAGCAGGCUCCUUCAGUUCCCAUGAAUCCAGUGGUAAAGCCAUGGCCUUUUAGAGGAUGGGCAGUGGACCUCAUUGGCAAGAUCUAUCCAGCCAGCAGCCAGCAGCACUGUUUUAUCAUUGUUGCCACAGACUAUUUCACUAAGUGGGUAGAAGCCAAGCCUGUUAAAUCCACUACAUCUCAAGAGAUCAUCACUUUCAUAGAAGAACACAUUAUAUAG